AUGAGAACAAUUUCACUGCUGAAUGCUGAUGAAAUUCAAUCUUUAACAAAUAACCAAUUCAACACGGUGGUUCUGCAACCCACAAUAAGAAAGAAAAAUAGAAAUGAAGUGACUCACAACUUUAUUGUUGUGGAAGCCAACUUGACCUACAGUUUUGUGAAGGAGUACUCCUACCCCUGGAGCUACACAUGUCCCUCCAAGUCCAAGUCCGGUGAGGGGCGUUUUAGACAAUUCAGUCUUAGUCUCCCCAUCCCUUCCUCACCUAUAAACAAGGAAGAAGAAGUCGGAGGAUUCCUUGUUCGUAAAUCAUCUCCUGCCCUUAGUGAAUCCGGAUUAAGGAAUCUCGGGAGGGGCAGUUUGACCAGUUUGAGAAGUCAAUCUUCAAUUACUAUCCCUAUCAACCCUACGAAUAGUAACAUUAUUUCUACCAAUAAUGCCCUUGGUGUUGGUCAAGCUUCUGAAAUGGCUAAGAGGGAUAUGUCAGGGACAGAUGAGAGAAUGGUUCAGCAACAUCCUCCUAUUUCAUCUUUGAGUAGCAGAAUGAUGUUGCCACAAAGUGGUGUCAAAAGUACUGAUGGUGAUAAUGGAAAUGGUGGUGAGGGUGGUGGCAUGGGCACAAGAGUCUUUUCACCUUCUGGUGUUCCUGGCAUUCAGUGGAGACCUGGUAGUUCCUUCCAAACUCAACAUGAAGGGGGACAAUUCCGUGGAAGAACUGAAACAGAUUCCAACAAGUACAACAAGGAAGCAACACCCUUCUUGGUAUGCCUCCUAUUUCUGGAGGAACAAGUCAAUGAUAUUAAGGACUUCAUUGAUGACUAUGUGGAACGAAAUCAGAAGCACUUGAAGAUCUUGUUAUCAUUGGUCCACCUGACCUCGUUAAGCUCUCAAUCUGAUCUGGAAGCUAAUUUGUUUAAGCAUUAUCAGCAAGAUGCAGUAAAGACUUGGAGUUGAAUUUGGCUAAGUCAUUAUUAAGUGAGAUGGGCCAAUGUACAACUGCUUAUCCAUAUAAUCAGCUAUUUGGAGCAUUAGUCUUAAAGAAUUAUGAAAGGCAAGAUGCAACUUUAGUUAGUUGGAAUUUGAUGUACAUAGUUGAUUAGAUGCAAAUUUAUAUAUUGUAAGAUAUAGAAUUGUAUGACAUUAAAUUUAUGUAAUAGAU